AUGCUGCACAGCUGGGAAGAUCAAUACUUACAGGAGGACUGGCAGACCCUGCACCAUCCUUGGUUAAAACUGAUGGUGGCAUACAUACACGCCAGCUUGCCUGGCUUAGACCUGAAGUGCUGUGACCCACUGUCCAUGGUCCAUUUGGAACAUCUAGGGCCCACUGAGGCAGAAAAAGAGGUGCCAGCUCCAGAGCCCCAGCCUGCUGCAAAGUCCGAACAAAGGCCAACUCUGGAUUUAGAGCAUGUUCCAGCUCCAUUUUUACUACCGCCUUUAGUGAUGGAGCCACCAUCAAUGGCUCCAGUAUUGGAGCAAGAGCAAACAUCAGCUCUGGCACAAAUGCCAAGCCCUGAGCCGGAGUCAGCUGGAUGUUCAGCUCUAUUCAGAAUUUGCUUUCCACCUCUGAAAGUAGAUACAGAGCCAGCUCCAGCCUCAGAGGCCUCGUGCCCCUGGCAUGUGACCAGUGAGAACAGUCCAGCUGAGGAGAAGCGUGAGCUCAUGGCUUUCCCUCCCCAGCUGGUGGCAGAACAAUUAACAAUAGUAGAUGCGGAGCUAUUCAAGAAGGUGGUGCCCAGUCAUUGCCUGGGCUCCACCUGGUCCAAGAGGAACAAGCCUGGCAAUGAGCACCUGGCACCCACAGUCCGUGCCACCAUCACGCAUUUCCAAAGUGUGACCAGCUGUGUCCUCACCACCUGCCUUGGGGACCUGAGCAUGACUGCCCAGGACAGGGCCAGGGUAGUGGAGCACUGGAUCCAUGUGGCCCAGGAGUGCCAAAUUCUGAAGAACUACUCCUCUUUGCAUGCCAUCCUCUUUGCUCUGCAGAACGCCUCGAUUUGCCGUCUGAAGAAGACAUGGCAGAAGGUUUCCAGGAAGAGCUACAAAAAAUUUAAGAAGCUCCAAAGCCAAGACAAGUCACUCAGCAGGGAACUGAUAACCAAGGAGGCACCCUCCAAGUUUGUCACCCCGGAGAUCAACACCCAGAAAACCCAGGAGAGGCAGCAGCAACAGCAGAAAGUAAGUGGUGUUGUCCCCUACCUUCGAACAUUUCUCAGUGAACUGCUGCUGAUGCACCUGACCAUGGAGGAUUAUCUGGAGGAAUAUGAAAUAAUGAGGGAGAUCCUGCUGCUCCAGGUGGCUGCAGAUAAUUACAACCUCAACCCCAACGAGCAAUUUGGGGCCUGGUUCCGAGACCUGGAGAGGCUCAGUGAGAAUGAGAGCUCAACAUCUGGAAUGGCAUCAGCACUAAGUAGAGAAAAGCUUGAAAAGAGACCAAAGGGCGCACAUGAAAAGGACAAGGCCAGCAGAUGA